GACGCUGCAGGGGCAUAUCGCGGGAGCGCAGGACAAGCAACGCUGCAGGGUAUUCCUGAGCAGGGGCGGACUGACAACUCAUGGGGCCCCCGGGCAAUAGGGGAUCAUGGGGCCCCUGUGUCCUUGCCCAAACUCAAAAAAGCCUAUGAAAAAGGUACCAGGGGCAUCUCAUGGGGCCCCCUACUGACCCCGGGCCCUCGGGCAGUGCCCGAGUUUCCAAAUGGUCAGUCCACCCCUGAGGCAAGAUUGUCUAAUGUAUCAGAAUAGGCACUGCACGGU